AUGGGAUCGGAGAGCAAAAUAAACAUUGGUCUGAGGAGUAUUUUUUGUGUUUUGGAGAAAGCUGAACAGAAAUGGUGGAAGAAACUAUUACGUGGAGAUGAAAAGAUACAUUAUGUCAAUGUAGACUGGGAUAAAUGGGUGGAUGAAGAUGAUGUGGAUGGACCUGACAAUCUUAAUUUGGAUGGAAUGGAUUUCUCGAAAUUUGGCGAUAUGGGUCUUGAUGAUGAUGCCACAGGGGAUGACCUUGAGGAGAGUGACGAUGAAGGUGCGGUGAAUUAAGUAUUGGUUUAUGCAUGAAAUUGGUAAAGACUUUAUUUUGGGCAUAGGACUUUAAAUGGG